AUGGCUAGCAGACGCGAACGAGUCUACAGCCGACGAGAGGUCGAGGCUCUGAUCGCUGAAGGCCGAUCAAUCAUUGUCAUGAAUGGCAAAGUGCUCAAGGUAGACGCGUGGCUCAAGUAUCACCCUGGCGGUGACAAGGCCAUCAUGCACAUGGUUGGUAGAGAUGCUACGGACGAAGUGACCGCUCUGCACUCCGCUGAAGCCCUCGAGCGCAUGCACGCUUACCAGAUUGGUGUUAUCGAAGGACGCUGGUCUAACUUCCUUCCCCCGAUCCAAGGUGGACAGUUCCGUAUGAAACAUGUUAUCGACACCGAAGAUCAAAUCUCGGACCAUGAGAACGAUUCCUCAAGCCAGGGAAGCUCAGGAGAGCCUUCACCUCUGUUCGAACCUGUCGAUGUCCAAGUCCGCCAGCGCAAGCCCGCCAUGUCACGAUCCUCCUCCGCUACAUCUAUGUCGUCGCUGGACGUCGACAAUGAAAAACCACACAACAUCCACGACCCCGAGAGCGAAUGGACGAAAGAUCAGAUCAAGACUGACCUGGAAAGAUACCCUGAGCUUGAUCCCAAGACCCAAGACGAUAUCAUGCAAAAAUACCGCCAGUUGGACCAACGCAUGAGAAGCGAAGGUCUCUACAACUGCAACUAUAAAUCCUACGCCAUUGAGAUUUCACGGUACUCAUUCCUGUUUGCCAUGUUCUUGACUACCUUGCACUAUGGCUGGUACUGUACCUCUGCCUUGUUCCUCGGUGCUUUCUGGCACCAAUUGGUCUUCAGCGCUCAUGAUGCUGGUCAUAUGGGCAUCACACACAACUUCCAUGUCGACAGUGUUAUUGGCAUGAUCAUUGCCGAUUACCUUGGAGGCUUGAGUCUAGGAUGGUGGAAGCGCAACCACAACGUCCACCACAUCAUCACGAACUCUCCUGAGCACGACCCAGACAUCGAGCACAUGCCAUUCUUUGCCAUCUCGCACCGCUUCUUCAAGUCGCUGCGAUCAACCUAUUACGACCGCGUCAUGACCUACGACCCCUUCGCCAAAUUCGUCAUCCAAUACCAAAACUGGCUAUACUACCCCAUCCUUUGCUUCGGUCGCUUCAACCUUUACCGUCUAAGCUGGGAGUAUCUCAUUCUUGGUCUCGGUCCUCGCAAAGGUCCUGCAUGGUGGCACCGCUGGUUCGAGAUUGCUGGCCAAUUCUUCUUCUGGUACUGGUUCGGUUAUCAAGUUCUUUACAAGAGCAUCCCUGAUGGCUGGAGCCGUUUCGCUUUCAUCAUGAUCAGUCACGCCGUGACCAUGCCGUUGCACGUCCAAAUCACACUCAGCCACUUUGCCAUGAGCACUGCUGAUCUCGGUGUCAAUGAGUCGUUCCCUCAACGCAUGCUUCGCACUACCAUGGAUGUCGACUGCCCUCAAUGGCUUGACUUUUUCCACGGUGGACUCCAGUUCCAGGCUAUCCACCACUUGUACCCUCGCAUGCCUCGUCACAACCUGCGUAGAGCACAGAAGCUUGUCCAGGAGUUCUGCGACGAGGUGGGCAUCCCAUAUGCGAUCUAUGGCUUCUAUGAUGGAAACAAGGAGGUCAUUGGACGUUUGGGAGAUGUUGCUAGACAAGCCAAGAUUCUGGCUGCUUGCCAGAGAAGUAUUGCUGAGAGUGGUGAGAUGCACUAA